UCCCUCUUUUUUGUACUGAUUGUCUGAUAAGUGUAUUCUCAGACACAUGCAUUGAUAGAAAAAUUUCGGGACGAAUUAACUGUGAAUCAACAGACAACUGUCUCCUCUCGCUGGACAUUACGGUGUCUUUUCGCAGUUCCAGGACAGUGAGCCAGAAUGAAUGACUUUGCCGUACUCUGCACGGGAAAGAAGAUGCCCCUUCUUGGCCUGGGAACAUGGAAAAGUGAACCUGGGAAGGUGAAACAGGCUGUGGUCUGGGCCUUGCAGGCUGGCUAUCGCCACAUAGAUUGUGCUUCCAUCUAUGGCAAUGAGGCAGAGGUUGGCCAGGCCUUGAAGGAGAUGCUGGGGUCACAGGGACUGAAACGGGAGGAGGUCUUUGUAACCUCAAAGCUCUGGAACACUCAACACCACCCUGAGGACGUGGAACCAGCCUUGUUGAAGACCCUGAAGGAACUGCAGCUGGAAUACCUUGAUCUGUAUCUCAUCCACUGGCCAUAUGCUUUCCAACGGGGUGGGGUUGUGUUUCCCAAGAAAGAGGAUGGCACCAUACUUUAUGAUGACAUCGACUACAAACUGACGUGGGCGGCCUUGGAGUGCUUGGUGGAGAAGGGGCUUGUGAAAGCCGUCGGCCUCUCCAACUUCAACAGCCGGCAAAUAGACGACAUUCUUUCCGUUGCCAAAAUCAAGCCGGCUGUGCUGCAGGUGGAGAGCCACCCGUACCUGGCACAGCCACAGCUGCUGGAGCACUGCCAGAAGCGCGGCCUGGUGAUGACGGCAUACAGCCCAUUAGGGUCUCCAGACCGGGCAUGGAAACACCCGGAAGAACCUGUACUUCUUGACGAGCCCGUGCUGGCAGAACUGGCUCGGAAGUAUAAUAAAUCCCCUGCACAAAUUAUACUCCGGUGGCAGACCCAGAGAGGAGUGGUAACAAUUCCCAAAAGCGUGACAGAGUCUCGCAUUAAAGAGAACAUACAGGUAUUUGAUUUUAUCUUGGAAGCAGAAGAAAUGGACAAAGUAUCAGGCCUGAAUAGAGGCUGGCGCUACAUUGUACCAACUAUAACUGUCAAUGGCAAGCCAGUUCCCAGAGAUGCUGAACACCCUCACUACCCUUUCAAUGAGCCCUACUGACCUCCUCUCAUGUCAUAUCAUAUUUUGUACAACUUCUGCAGACUCCUCAGCCUUAAAGCCUAUGCUGACUGGAGUGAACCCCGUUCUCAGAGUGUGCAUUAAGUUGAAUGUUGUGUGUUAAUGAAUAAAUUGAAAGAUGAGAAAGA